AUGACGAUGGUCCUUGAGAACCAGAACCGCCCAUACGGCGGAAUGGCCUUUGAUUCUGUCUACCAUCAUGGCCUCCCUCAUCCCAAUCCUCCUCAAUUCACCGAUCCCUGGGCUGCUGCGCACUCAUCUUCCCACUCCAAUGCCCCCGUCUACGCCCCUCUCAACCCCAUCAAGCAGGAGGAUGUCAACAACCGUCCCUCGCCUUUGUCCAUGCCCUAUUCCGCCGCGAAUAUCCCCGUGUCCGCGCCCUCGUUGGUCUCGGGUCCUGCUUCGGCCAGUUACUCGACCCCGGCCACCACCACAACUGCUGCGCCCAGCUAUCCCCCAGCCCCCGAGAUUAUGAGUAUGCCGCACGAGAUGCCGCGCACCUCGUUUGAGCACCCCCCAACAUACACCACCGCUUCCUCCAUGAGCAGCUUUGCCCCCGCCAGCUAUGCGCCGCUCAGUUAUGCUCCGCCGCUUCACCACCAGGAUCGCCGGAUAUCUCAUGCUGACUCGCGCGUUGGUCAAUCGCAACACCCCGCUCCCACUUUUGGCGAUGCUUUGGAUGCCAGUCGCGGCAUGGUCGCUCUCAGCCAGGAUCUCACUCCCCGCAACAUCUACGGUCCUCGCAACUCCAGGGGCUCGGGCGACUCGUACGGUUUCCCCUCCGCCAACUCUUCCGGCUCGUCCAUCUCCUCUGGCGGCAACUACCCCUACUACAGCGCCUCUGUGGCGUCCGUGGACUCCUCCGUCACCGAUUACAGCUCUACCUCUGACUCCUACGACAAUGGCAUCUCCUCCCGCACUCUCCCCCGUCCUUCCACAUUGCUGAGCGGUGCCGCUCCCCCUGGCCCCCAGUCCAUGAUGAGCCAGUUCAGCUCCAAGAUGCCGUCCAACACCCAAAAGAAGCACAAGUGCAAGGUGUGUGACAAGCGCUUUACGCGUCCUUCUUCGUUACAAACACACAUGUACAGUCACACUGGCGAGAAGCCCUUUGCUUGCGACGUUGAAGGCUGUGGGCGACACUUUUCCGUCGUCUCAAACCUGCGCCGACACAAGAAGGUCCACAAGGGAGAUAAAGAAGGCCCAUCCGGUGACGAAGAGUAA